CCUUUGACUCGGGAAGUAAUCCUGCUGUCAGAUCGUUAUUAUAACGGUACAGGGGUGCACUCGGCACGGUAAUGCAAUAACCACGGAAGUCCUACUGUGGAGGGUCAUUCAUCACACCAAGCCGAUCAUGGCAGUUCAUUUACCUCCUUGCGUCAUUGACGGCGGAACGGGAUACACCAAGAUCGGAUAUGCCGGAAAUACCGAGCCCCAGUUUAUCAUUCCUUCCUGCAUCGCCAUCCGAGAAACUGCUGGCGUGGGAGACCAGGCUCAGAGACGACUCGUGCGCGGGGUGGACGAUCUGGAUUUCUUCAUUGGAGACGAAGCGAUUGAUAAACCCAACUAUGCAACCAAGUGGCCGAUCCGGCAUGGCAUCAUCGAGGACUGGGAUCUCAUGGAGAAGUUCAUGGAGCAAGUGAUAUUUAAGUAUCUGCGAGCGGAACCAGAAGACCACUACUUCCUGAUGACAGAGCCUCCACUGAACACGCCAGAGAACAGGGAGUACCUGGCUGAGAUCAUGUUCGAGACCUUCAACGUUCCAGGGCUCUACAUCGCUGUGCAGGCGGUGCUGGCCUUGGCUGCCUCCUGGACCUCCAGAGCCGUCGGAGAGCGUACCCUGACGGGGAUCGUCAUCGACAGUGGCGAUGGGGUGACCCACGCCAUUCCUGUGGCUGAAGGUUACGUGAUUGGAAGCUGCAUCAAGCACAUUCCCAUUGCUGGUCGGGACAUAACAUACUUCAUCCAGCAGUUACUUCGAGAGCGGGAGGUCGGCAUCCCUCCAGAACAGUCUCUGGAGACAGCAAAGGCGGUGAAGGAGAGAUACUGCUACAUCUGCCCUGACAUCGUAAAAGAAUUCACAAAAUAUGAUACGGAUCCUGGGAGGUGGAUCAAGAAGUACAGGGGGAUCAAUGCUAUAAGCAAGAGCGAAUUCCUCAUAGACGUCGGCUACGAGCGUUUCUUGGGACCCGAGAUCUUUUUUCACCCCGAGUUCGCCAACCCUGACUUCAUGCAGCCCAUCUCCGACGUGGUGGACGAGGUCAUACAGAACUGUCCGAUUGACGUGCGGAGGCCCUUGUACAAGAACAUCGUCCUCUCCGGAGGCUCUACCAUGUUUAGGGACUUUGGGAGACGUCUGCAGAGAGACCUGAAGCGAGUUGUGGAUGCUCGGCUGAAGCUCAGCGAGGAGCUCAGUGGGGGGAAGAUAAAGCCCAAGCCUAUGGAGGUGCAGGUGGUGACGCACCACAUGCAGCGCUAUGCCGUCUGGUUCGGGGGCUCCAUGCUGGCCUCCACUCCCGAGUUUUUUCAGGUCUGCCACACCAAGAAGGCCUACGAGGAGUACGGGCCGAGCAUCUGCCGGCACAACCCCGUCUUCGGCGUCAUGUCGUAACCCUGGGAGGUGCCCCCCCCCCCCCGCAGGAGAGCCGGCUGGCCGUGACCACCGACCAAGCACCAUGGGGAGGGCGUGGGGCGCCCUCUGGCUGUGGACGGGAGCUCGCAGGAGGGAUUUUGGGUGAAGCCAUACACUGACGACUGUUCUCCCGGCAUAAAUGUCACAAAUGUUUUUUUUUCUUGUUCCAUAAUGUCUCACAGCCCCUGUUUGUAGGAGAACUGCGGUCUAAAACAGGGGGCGUCCUGUUUUAGUUUUGUAAGCGUUCUCUUUAAGUUAUUAAUGAAAUAUCACCCCUUCGGAUUGUAUACAAACUGUAUAUACAAUAUAUAAAUGCACAUAUAUACAUAUAAAUUUAAAAGUAUUUGAGAAUUAGUUUAUAUUUGUAUUAAAGACUAUAGUUUAUCAAAAUCUGGUGGUUAUUAAAGGAAUGUACGCUAAAUGUCAGAGUAUAAUGUGAUGAUGCUGUGCAUAGUUUGGGUUCAUAUUUAAUAUUUUUGUUUGUCAUUCAUUGUUUUAAAGGGAGAUUGAUAAUAUAUAAGACUUAAUAUAUGCAUAUUUAUUUUAUUGUAUUAUUUAUGUUUAGAUUUUUUUUGGAUUUGCUGUAUUAGGACAUAAGUUAUCGUUUGAGGAGUUGUGUGCGAAACAGCUGUUUGGGGCUGGUCGAAAAUAAAAUAAAAACCUCAAGUCGA